AUGGAACAAAAUAAGGAUCCGCAAAUGAUCUCAAAACAUAGCACGAGAUUACCCAUAUGGGUGCUAAGUCCUCGUGAAGAACAACAAGCUCGUAAGAAUUUGAAGACAGCAACGUAUGAGAAAUGUGCAAAUUUUGUACAAGCUAUGGCAGAUUGUGCUAAGGCGAAUGGAAUGAAAGUUUUUCCUGCUUGCGAUAAGCAAAGAGAUGAAAUGAAAUCGUGCCUCUUGUUUUACCAAACAGAUACAAAGUACCUAGAUGAUGAAAGAGACAAAAUUGUUCUAGAAAAAAUCAACAAGCUUGAAGAACUAUAUCACAAGCAAAAUUCGACAAAAUAA